CAAGACUGUUUUGUUUAGGUUUCGACCUGCAUAUUUGUUUUGAUAACAGUGACUGUCCUUUAUAGUGCUUUGAAGUUCGUAAAGAAGAACUCUGAUUUCGUUCAAAAAUGGCUGGUUCAGCUCUUCGUCGACUUAUGGCAGAAUAUAAACAAUUGACACUCAACCCGCCUGAAGGAAUCAUUGCUGGACCGAUCAAUGAAGAAAAUUUUUUUGAGUGGGAAGCUCUAAUAACAGGACCAGAAGGGACGUGCUUUGAAGGUGGUGUGUUUCCUGCAAAGCUGGUAUUUCCGUCUGAUUAUCCUUUAAGUCCUCCCAAAAUGCAAUUUACUUGCGAGAUGUUUCACCCCAACAUAUACGCUGACGGAAGAGUAUGUAUAUCAAUACUUCACGCUCCUGGUGAUGAUCCUAUGGGCUACGAAUCAAGUGCUGAGCGUUGGAGUCCAGUUCAAAGUGUUGAAAAAAUCUUACUGUCUGUUGUCAGCAUGUUAGCAGAGCCUAACGAUGAAAGUGGUGCUAACGUUGAUGCUGCUAAAAUGUGGAGAGAAGAUCGUGCCGAGUUUAAUAGGAUAGCUGAAAAAAUUGUUCGGAAAACUUUAGGCCUCUCAUAAUAACCUGUUGUUGUUUUUGAUUAUGUAAGUUAAAUAAUUGUUAUCUUACUGGUUAGUGUAAUAAGAAAUACUGUUUCAACAUCUAAA